UUCCGUAAAUUCCUUUGUUUACCGUAGAAACGGGAAUGAGGCGAUGUAUCUUUAAUUACAAAAUACCAUGACUUUCCUGAUUUAAACUUUAGAAUAAAUAUGGAUAGACUGCCAGGAACUCUCUCUGUGCCUUAUGAAGACGCCGUCAGCAAUUUAGUCUGGAUUAAACUUGUUGGUAUAGGCAACGCUAAUGUUGGAAAGACAUGUCUAAUCAAGCACUUUUGUGAAAGCAAGUUCAACUCAGGGUACCAGCCAACUGUUGGAGUGGACUAUGGUUUCAAAGUACAAGAGCUACAGGGAGUAGAUUUACGUGUACAUCUGUGGGACCUGUCUGGAAGCUCUGAGUAUUUUGACGUACGAAAUGAGCUUUACUCUGGCACCGACGCUAUCUUCUUGGUGUACGAUGUCACAAACAUGGCUUCCUUUGAAUCUCUUGAUCAGUGGAUCAGAGAGGUCAAACGUUAUGCAAAUGGAGAUCCAGAGAUUUUCAUCGUUGGAAAUAAGAUUGACCUGAAGCAAAAACGUGCUGUAACUUCCACUGAAGGAAAAAAAUAUGCACAGGCAAACAAAUUCAAAUAUGCAGAGACGUCUGCGGCAAAUGGAGAUGGCGUGUUGACAAUGUUUGACACUAUGCUCCAAACUGUAUGUGACAAACAGGUGGGCGGAGCCAAGAGACCAGAAGGAGCAAUCAGAAGAGAGGCUCAAGCCAGUGAGAUCUACCAUAAACAGGCCCGGAGCUGAAUUGGCAAUAUACGUCUCUGUGGGCUAGCUGUUCAGUGGUGGUGAAAACAAGGCACGGUGCGGUGGCUUGAAUGAAUCAGCUGUUGUGUUCAUGUGUAAUCCACCAAGCUGGUAAUGCUCUCUACUAGAUCUGAAAAGUGUUUUGUAAUUUCUUAUCAACAUUUAAUGAUCGGUUCAAUACAAGUAAGAUGGUUUUGGAGACGGAUGGCUUCAAUUUGGCUUUCAGGGUCAAGCCAAGCUGUUCAGGAUACAUCCCAGUAGAAAGGUAGAGACACGGUAGAAUAUCAUAUCUUUGACAAGAGGGACCUGAACUCGGGUCUUUUUGCAUUUUAAAGCACAGAACCUAAUGGUUGCACCCUUGAGGCCGGUGCUACAUAAUAUCUGACAAUUUCCACUGGCAGUAAGUCAGUUACAAGGACUAGAAGUCAUGAAGUUAUUGAGUACGAACACUCAUGGAGUAGAAGAGAAAGACUAGUAGAUGAGGCGAUAGCAAAUGGGACCGUCUGUUGAGGAAUAGGUUUUCCUUCUCAAAAUAUCUAUUUUAUUGGCAGGAGGAACAGUGGAGGAAAUGGUAAGUGACCUUUUUUUACAGAUGAUUGUCUUAUACUGGUGGCUGUCUGGGUAGGUUCAACUGUAUUCAAGUUCAGAGGUCCCAGUGCUAUUUUCUCAGCCACAGAGUCAAUCUCUUAUUUGACUUUUCUCCUCCUCCUGAAGAGUAAAUGCUGUUAGAAAAGAAACAUCUCCAAAUACAGUACGGAUAAGUCGAACACUCUCUCUCUCUCUCUCCCUUUUUAACUCCCAGUAGAGCACAGGCCAUCAACAGCAUUACUCCAGCGAA